AUGGAGUUAAUAGGAUUUCAGGGACGUUAUAUUUGGAGAAAUAAAUUUAUUAAUUUGAAUAAUGAGCUGGAAAAUAAUCAUAGUGAAAUUGGUAAGAAUGUUAAAUCGGAAAAUUUGAUUCUUAAUGAGUGGAAAAGUCUUCCGAAUUCAUUUCCAUCUAUGAAAAAACUAGCUCUUUCUUUAUUGACAAUGUUUGGAUCUACUUAUGCUUGUGAGCAGCUUUUUUCUUCAAUGAAUUUUAUUAAGUCAACUGUAAGGAAUCGUCUUGGAACAGAUUUAAAUGAAGCAUGUGUUCAACUGAAAUCAACCAAUUACAGUCCAAGGAUUGAUUCAUUAGCCAAUAAAAUUCAGCAACAAACUGCUCAUUAA